CUACGUCCGGUUUAAAGUAAUAUAUACAAUAAUGAAGCUCUUGAAAUUAUUGCUGGUAUUUGGAUUGAUUGGGUUGUUUUGCAAGACCGUAGAUGCUGGUGAAAAUGUUGAAACUACAGAACAGGUCAGUUUCAGCGUGGUAAAAAUUUGGCAAAGCUACCAUAGACAAGCCUGUCCAUGUACAUGUCCGGUCGAAGAUGCACCCUGGGCUAAAGGCGUUGAGGGACAUUACAACGGAGUGAAAGGAGCAACUGAUAAAUUCUGUGGUAAAGCGAAGGACAUAGGCGAUGUCGCAGUGCGAUCAUUGGGAGAAUUCAUAGAGAAAUUGAUUUAUUUCACCGAUUCCAAUUCAACAAUUGUCACAACGAGCUCCACAGGAAUUUUAAAUUCGUUGAGCAAAUGCAUCAAUCUGAACCGGAGCGGUAUGAAUAUCAUUGUUGAAUUCAACAAAGUUUAUCUAUCCAUCGUCGACGAUUUUGUCAACGUCGCUAAAUCAUUAACUGAUUAUAUUGGUGAUGAACUAAUAUGUUCCUUUACGGAUGCUAUUAGAGCUCUUGGUCGCGAAUUUUCAAAUUAUAUGAACGCGUUCCUUAAAAGUUGUCGUCUAUUCGGAUGUAGAAAGAAAAUUGAUUACGAAUGUGUACUGAAAAGAUUACAGACACUGAUGAACAUCGUGGCACUCAUUAACGAAACACUCCUAAACAAAUGUGAGAAAGCUACUCAGCAAGUGCACGAAUCAGUCAUGGUUUUCGAUAUGCUUUAUUGUUACAUGGCAAUUACAGUUCAGGGAGUAUAUAGUUGUGCUCUAGAUGUGCUGAACGAACGAGACAUUGUUGUAUCACAAACUGUUAAGUCGUCCACUUUAUCAUUUGAGUAUGCGCUUGUACAAGUUACAGAAGCUAUUUGUAGCGUCACUUUGCCGUUAGGAGAUAGUAUUAAAGAACUGCUAACCGCUUUCGUUAACAUAACCAUGGCUUUAAAUUCGACGCUAAAAAGCAUCUUUGGACUAGUGGGUAGCGUUGGAUUAACGGUUGGAGAUAUAACCAAAAACUUAUUGAAAGGUGUCACAACCACCUCAACGGUUACGCAAGAACGAACUAACAUCUUGAAGGGUGUGGUUCGAAAUUGAAAUGACUAAACGUUCCAUCUAAAAUGAAUUGCAGAAGAAGCCUUUGUACCAUGAAAAUAUGUUUUAUUCGCUAAACCCUGUAAACCCUGUGGGUAAAACUUUUUCCGUGACAUUUAAAUACUUCUGUGUACUUAAGUUAAAAUCUACAAGUUUUGAUCGUUAAAAGUUUACCUUUCUUUACAAAAAAAAUGAAUUUCAUCAAUAAAUUUUAGGCUCUGCCAACAACUUUA